UUGGAACAGCCUUCCCAGGGAAGUGGUGGAAUUACAAUACCUUAAAGUGUACAAAAACCACAUAGAUGUGACACCUGGGGACAUGGUUUAGUGGUGAACCUAGCAGUGCAGUUUGCAGGUGAAAAAUUCCUCACUGAACAGGAGAAUUAUUUUUGACAAAGCCCCAAAGCUUUAAUGGCUUAGAUGAGGAGAAGGUCUCAAGCCAGAAGUGUCCCACAUCUAGAAGGAAUAAUACAGGGGGUUUGCUUUGAGGCCAGAUGGCUGAGUGCAAAGCUGAAAUGUGGGAAUGCUGGCACAGCCCUGACAUGAAGUAAUGGAUGCAGUGAAAUACACAAUCUUUGUUUUAAUAGAUCAUAUCCAAGAUGCUAUUCCUGGAGACAACUGCUGUAGGUCAAACAUUUAUCAGAGAUGGCCUAAUCAAUAGUGUCAAUUAAAACUGCAAGGAGGGAGAGAACAAAGAGAGUUGAGAUCAGAGAGAAGACGAUCGAUGACCGCUUGAGAGACCAGCAGUGCUUCUGAAACAAGAAGCCCAGGGCGGAAACUACAGAGGAGACUCCACAAUGAAUAAAGCACUCUUUUACAAGCUUUUGCCAUAAUGUUUCAGCAGCUGAAGGAUGAGCCAGUCCAGAUGCAUAAGGACAAUUGGAGGAAAAUCCAAGACCAUGUGCAUCAUCCCAGGCUGUUUGACUUGGAUCCUGACCUGCUGCCCCUUUUCCAGUACAACUACAAGCAGUUUGCCAGCCCUCAGGAGUGCCUCUCUGCCCCUGAGUUCCUGGAUCACAUCAGGAAGGUGAUGCUGGUGAUUGAUGCUGCUGUGAGCCACCUGGAGAACUUGUCCUGCCUGGAAGAGUAUCUCUGCAACCUUGGCAAGAAGCACCAGGCAGUUGGUGUGAAGGUUGAGUCUUUCUCGACUGUCGGCGAGUCCUUGCUGUACAUGCUGGAGAAAUGCCUUGGUGCUGCCUUCAGCCCAGAGGUGCAGGAAGCUUGGAGCAAACUCUACAGUGCUGUGGUGAAAGCCAUGCAACGUGGCUGGGAGAGCCUCCCAGAAGGGGACUAGUUCCUGCCAGCCAUCCCUGUCCCUGACCAUGCAGUGCUCCUGAGCACGGGGAGUCUCACACCACACUCGCUGCCUCUCCCCACCUCUGUCUUGCUGUGUGCCCCAGCCCAUGGCUGCCUCUGCCACUCACACUGCUGCAGGGCUCUCACCUGGUUCCAUCCUUCUUCAACACGAGCGUGUGUCUGCCUUUGCUCAGGGCUGGCAGGGCAUGUCCCUGCAGAAAGCCUGGCAGUGCCGCAGCACAGGUAUGCCACCCUGCCCCAAGUUCCUUCAGGAACGCCAACACCCAGGUACCUACUCUGGGUUUUAGCUUGCUCAUCUUCCCUCCUCUUGCUACCCCAGGUAGGUGACAGCUGGCACAGGCCUCUUGGGCUUGUUUGCACAAAAUCCCAUUUGCUGUGCUUUACCUGCCAGGUCUGACAUGCUCAGUCCUCCUGUGCUGCUGUACCUGGUUCAUCUGUGGCAGUGACAGAUUUGGCUCCAUCCAGGUCAAAAGGCAGCAAGAGAGCAAGGCUGGUCACACCGUGUGGCUGUCCUCAAACCUUGCAGAGAGUUUUCCCCCUCUCCCUUCAUCAAUAUAUCCCUACCAGAUGGUUGAUCCUGGUGCUUUUUUCUUCCUUGCCUCUGACCUGGAUGGGAUCCCUGGCUUUUCCCUGUGUCAGGUUGGCCACAACCCAGUAGGUUUCCUAGGAAUGCUUCAGGCAAUGGUGUCACAUUAAUCCCAAGGUGAGACUACUUUUGGCAGAGUUGGGCUGCCAGCUGAAAGGCUUUGUGUUGAUUUGGCCAGCUGGUUUAACCUUAGAGCCAUCUGAAAUGCAGCAACAGCAGCAGUAGCAAUGUCUGUUUACUGCUUUGUGUUUAGGAAAAUAAAAUAAAUCCAAGGAAAAGAUGUCUUUAAAAUGAAGGUUGCAAUGGUGUCAUAGCAACAGCUUUCAGAAAUUCUGGCUCUUGGCCAGAGGAAGCAGAGCUGGAAUCUUUGUGCCGAUGCUGUCAGAAUCUGGAGCGCUCCCCAGCUGCUCACAGUGCCCAUCUGCAGAGUUCCUCACGCUCACAGCAAUGAGACAGCAUCUGCUAGAAGAAAUCCCAGAAAACUGCUGAGAGGCAGCACCUGAAGGCUUUGUGAAGGGGCUGAACUUGAGCACUUUGAGGAAGAGUUCAUCUUUAUGGGGAAGUCACUGUGGAAUAUGCAGAACAAUGUUUCUGGCCACUGUUAGCCCCAGGCAAGGACAUGGAGCAAUUAUUCAGUUACAGGCACCCUUUUUUCUGCUUCUUCUUCAGGGCAGGAGGAGCCCAGUGUUGAGGUUUGAGAUGCUCCUGUUCUGAAGACACAUUCCUCCUGUUCUCAGAUGUCCUCCACUCUGGGGCAGGAGAAAGCUGCCUGCUCAAUGUAACUGAGGUCUCCUAGGCCCCUGCCAUGGAGAGGAUGAUGAGGUGCCCUGUAAGAUGGGUCUCUAGUGCAGUGCCAUGGGCUACCAUCAAAAACCCCCCCAAGGUGUGUUUGGAGGAAAGUUAACAGGUGCUGUGAAACAGACAGUGUUCCUUGUCCUCCCCAUGGUACCAUGUUCUGCCCCUGCAGCCCUGCAGUAUGGUGGUGUCCUGUCCAUCCUGGCCCAUGACUCUCUCCAUCAGCUGAGUCAGGUGGAGUUCUCCCCAUUCUUGCACCCAGUAGUGAGGGAUGGAGGAGCUGGGGCUUUGAUGGCACUGUAGGGGGCACGAGGGUUUGGGAAUGUCCUCUUUACAACCCUGUUAUGGGGCAUCAGCCUUCAGCAUCAUGGGACACCUCCUGGCUCCAUGUGACAAGUAGGCAGCUCUGUGAUGGGUGGGAUGUGGGUGUUACUACCCAAACCAUCCCUGCUCCUUCUAGCUUUCCCAGCUCCUUGAUGUCUGCUCUUCUGUGCCACAUUUUAUGUAACUCCCAAGAGAACUGGUUUGUGUGCCUCUUAUACCCAGCUGUACUGUUUAUUAAAAAACAACAGUGAGUCUUCGCCUUU